AUGCGCAUCUACUCAACUCAGCUACUGGCUGCUGUUGUGUUCAUCGAUUGCCUCUCUAGGUACCCCGCCUCAGGCUCGAAGACGGCGCGACCUGAUGUUCCUUCCGUUGCUCAUCCCGGUGGCCACGUGGACGACAUCAGUGACGAUACCGCGCAACGAAACGACGAAGACGAGAGCGAAGCGAGGAUUGGAAUACCACCAGGCGAAAUCUUAGCGUUGGCGGAGAAGUCACAAGCCAUGAAGCGUCCUGAGUCGAGCCGAACGAUUCCGCGAGAGCUCGAUCUGAUUUCGCGCGUGGGAAAAGCGAGUCCUGAGCUGAGCGAAACGGUGGCGAAAAGGCUUUCGCAAGAACCAGACCACCCAAAGCCUCUGCUCGAUCUGAUUUCGGGCGUGGGGAAAGAGCAGGCGCAUGUCAUGGUUCCUCAUUCGACGGACAUCGAGAGGAUCAUCGAAGAGCUGAAAGCGCGUGCGGGUUUGCAUCCUGUGACGGAUGAAACGUGGACGCUUCUGAAGAAGAAUGCAAAAAACGAAAACGUGGAUGAUCCGACACUACGCAAUGGUAUUGAUGGCUUUACUGAAGUCGCGAUUGCUUUGCGGAAAGCUAAGGCGGAAAAUCUUGACAAGGAUGAGGCACGUGCGGUGGAGAUCAGGAUGCUAAGUCUCUUGCAGGAUCAGAAAGUCACCGUUCCAGGUGCCUUUAGUCUUCUGGGGCUCAAAGAUGUGAUCGAGAAAGAAGGCCUGACAGACAACAAUCUGGCCAUGUGGAAGGAGUUCACUGAUUGCUACAAACCGAAUAGAAGAGGCAAAAAUGCUCGUUUAGCUUCGAGCCUACUAUACAUUUUCCGUUCCGACCUCGAUAAACUCUUAUGGAUCGCAGCGCGAUCGAAGAUAGAAGUUGCCACCCACGUGCUAGUGAAGCUCAUCAGAAAGAAGUUUUUUGGUAAAACAACAGUCACGGGUCUCAUGACGCAGCUUCUCGAGGCAGAAGUGAGUGAAGACAUGAUUCAGGAUACGCUGCGGAGUCUUCACGCGAAAGGUGUUCCUCAAGACCGUGAAAAGGCAUGGACUGAGUUGACGUCAGCUUUGCAGAUUACGCUGGCUACUGGCUGGGAGCGCGCCGUCGCAGAAGCUGUGAGGGAGAUGAAGCUGCGCAAAAAAUGGGAAGCGAAGAGGAAGGCGGACACUGCAAUGACGCUCGAGCUUGCACCAGCGCGAAAAAAACGAGCUCCGAAGGGCCAAAAGAGCACGAAACCUUCCAUUCGGCGCUAG